AUGGCAGUAUAUAAUGGCCAUGUGUUGCUGACCGGGGCAAAUGGCUUCAUAGCGUCCCAAAUUCUGUCCAUCUUACUCGAUCGUGGAUUUGCCGUCACGGCCACCGUCCGAUCCAUUGAGAAAGCAGAUGCUAUCGUCAAAACCCAUCCUUCAUGGGAAGGAAAGGUGGAUUUUGUAGAGGUGGCUGACUUGGCAUCUGCAGCGUCAUUUGAUAGCAUUUUUGUCAAUGCAAAGGUCCCGUUCGAAUAUGUUAUCCAUACUGCAUGCCCAGUCGCAGUUGAUCCAGACAAUAUUCAAAAGGGCAUGAUUGAGCCUGCAGUGAUGGGCACAACGGCGAUUCUCGAAAGUGCUCAUCAUCAUGGCAAAGCCCUCAAGCGAUUCAUCCUGCUGAGCAGCGUGACAGCUGUAUUCAAUCCGUUUCAGGAUAUGACCCAGAAAGGACGGCCAUAUACAGAGAAAGAUUGGAACCCAGCUACCGCCCAAGAUGCCACCGAGGCAAAGGAUCCAAUGCUUGGAUACUAUGUGUCAAAAGCCCAAGGAGAAGCCGCUGCAUGGGAGUUCAUCCGGGCCAACUCUCCAUCGUUUGACCUUGUUGCCAUCAACCCGGAUCUCACAACGGGGCCAAUGCUUCAUCCCCUUUCCGGCGCGGAGUCCAUCAAUGGAUCGAAUUAUUUGCUCGUCGCUGCUUUCCUGAACGGUACUUAUUCGGACAUCGGGGCUACUAGAUUCCCCCUGUACCACUUUGUCGAUGUCCGUGACGUAGCCAGAAGCCACGUUGACGCCUUAACCAACCCUGCUGCAGGAGGUCAGCGGAUUCUUCUCACUAACAGCCUUGUCACGCCGCAGCUGGUUGCGAAUAUAACCCGGAAGAACUUCCCUGAUCUGAGGGAUCGAGUGGCGGAAGGAAACCCUACUCAGAUCCUACCAGAUGGCGUCCAUCCGACAAGGUGGGACGCGCGUGCGAGUCUGGACAUUCUGGCCAAAGGGACAAAAGAGAAGGAAUGGAGAUAUAUUGAUUUGGAGGCAAGUGUUGUCGAUACAGUCAGGUCGAUGACUGAGAACAACCUCAUCUAA